AUGUUUACCGAAAAACCAUUAUCAUCAAUUCCUUGUUCUAUACCACCGGAAAUAUCCAUUCCGAAUUCGCCAACUUCAUCAACGUCUGCAUCACCAUUAUCAUCAGCAGCUCACUCACGUACAUCUACAAUAACAUCAAAUAGUUGUAAACGAAGUGGUGUUUUAUCAUCACAUCAAUCUAAUCGACAAAUGAAAAUAGGAAAAUAUUUUCUUGAAAGAACAAUUGGUAAAGGCAGUUUUGCUGUUGUUAAAUUGGCGACACAUUGUGACACACAUCAAAAGGUAGCCAUUAAAAUAAUAGAUAAAUCAUGUUUAAAUCCAAAUGAUCAUAAAAAACUUGAACGUGAAAUAGCUGUUAUGAAAUCAUUAAUACAUCCAUAUAUUAUUCGCCUUUAUGAAGUAAUGGAAUCAAAGAAUCUGAUUUAUCUAGUAACAGAAUAUGCAGCUAACGGUGAACUUUUAGAUUUACUGAUUCGUGAGAAACGUUUAAGUGAAGCUAAAGCUAAAGAAAAAUUUCGACAACUUGUACUAGCUGUUGAAUAUAUACAUUCAAAAAAUAUUGUGCAUCGUAUGUUAAAAAUCAAUACUAUGAUCAUGUUUUCUUAUCUAUAUAUAUGUAUAUAUUAUUCUAAUUUAGGUGAUUUAAAAACAGAAAAUUUAUUAUUAGAUGGUCAUGGAAAUAUUAAAGUUGCGGAUUUUGGUUUUGCUAAUACAUUCAAACCUAAUACAAAAUUACAGACAUUUUGUGGUUCACCACCUUAUGCAGCUCCUGAACUUUUUCAAUGUCUUCCAUAUUCACCGGAAAAAGUUGAUGUUUGGUCCCUUGGUGUUCUACUUUAUGUAUUUGUUUGUGGUCAUUUACCUUUUGAUAGUAAUAAUGUCACUGAAUUACGCAAACGUGUUCUUGCCGGACAAUUUCGUUUACCAUUUUAUCUUAGUUCAGAUUGUAGUUCGUUAAUUAGUCAUAUGUUAACUGUUGAUCCUGAACAACGUUAUACAAUAAAUGAUAUUAAAAAUCAUUCAUGGUUAAUGUUAAAUAAUUCAAAUAUAUCUGAUAUAACAUCUCAAACACAAUCAAUACCAAAUAAUCAAGUAACAAAUGCUAUACUUGAUCAUGCUGAAUCACUUGGUUAUAAUCGUACACAAAUAUUAAAAUCAGUUAAUGGAAAUUCUUAUGAUAGUGAUGCAGCUAUAUGGCAUUUAUUAUUAGAAAAAUUUCAACAAACAUGUCAAAUAAAUAAUUCUCAUAUUCCAAAUAAUGAAAUAAAUCAUGUAGAACUAGAUGAAUAUCAUAGAGAUUUAGUUUAUUGUCCAUCGAAUAAUAAUGAAACUCUACAUUCAUGUGAUCCAGAUAUUCAUAUUGAUGAUUUAGAUAAUUAUACUGAUGAAGAAGAUGAUGAUGAAGAAACAACAAGACAAAUACAUGAUGAAUAUGCUCAAACACAUGGUUUACGACGACAUACACUUGUUCGACCACAUUUAUUUGUACAUAAUGAAGUUAAUCCAGCACUUACAUCCUGCGUUCGAUAUGCUUAUCAAACAGCAAAUAUUGAACCAUCAUUAUUAACUAAUCGACUUAAUCAUCUUCAACAACAACAACAAUAUGAUACAUUGAUAAGACCUGAUGAUGAUAAUGAUGAAUGUUAUUCCGAACCACAAAUAUCAAUUUAUCAUCAACGAAAUCCACAUUCAACAAGUUAUAAUGGUCUAUCUGUACAAUCAACAGUAGCAGCUGUAUCAGAAAAUUAUUAUCAACAACAAAAAAAUAAUAAUUGGUUAUCACCACCAAUAUUAAAUAAUUUUCAUUUAAAUCGACGAGCAAGUGAUAGUGGUGCUCAUCUACUUCUAUUUCAACAACAACAACAGAAUGUAACUGGUUCAAAUACAAUUCAUCCUGUUCAAUUCACACAUAUCAAAACUCCUGUAUCUAAUCAAUCAUCACGAGGUAGUAUUACACGUGGUGCACCAAUAACACCACCAAUAUUUACUAUGACACCACAUGAAACUAAUGAACAUGAUGAUGAUGAAGAUGUUGAAAUACUUACACGAUAUCUUAAUCGUGGUAAACGUCAUACUGUAUGUGAACAAGGUUUAUUACUUGGUGGUAAAACACGUCGUGGUAUACGUGAAACAGCUAAAGAUCGUAGUUCAUUAUCACGUCGUGCUAGUGAUACAAGUUCAAAUUUUAUAAAUAGUUCAACAAAAGCACAUCUUGAAGGUUUAUAUCAUAAUGCUGUUGAUUCAAAAUUACAUCGUGAUGAUGAUGUAACAACAUCAAGUUUACAAGAAUUACAUCAACUUCAAAAACAAAUACAAAAAUAUUCAAUUAAUAAUAAUAAUGAAUCACCUAUAACAAUUCGACGAGGAUCUGCUGUUCCAUCUCCAACAAAUUCAACUAUACUUCAUAUUAUUCGAGAAGAACAUCAACAAAAUCCAUUUGUAUCAAUGAAUAAACAAACUAAAUCUUCGUCAUCAUCAUCAUCAUCCGAAGGAUUAUAUAAUCUUGAUAAAGAUGAAUAUGAAAUGGAUUAUGAUGUUAAUACUCAACAUUUACAACCACAACUAAAACCACAACAACAUUUCAUUCGUCCACCUUAUCGACUUCAUCGACCACCUUAUCAUCCUCGAAUACCAGCAUCAUAUUAUUGUAAUAUGAAUCCUCUACAUGCUCAACAUUUAGCUAUGCCGACGACAACUUCUUAUAUACCAUAA